UUGGCGGCCAUGAAUAUAAAUUAGAAUCUAAAUAAUUUUUAUUAAUUAGUUUUUUUUAGUUUAGCAGGAAUUAUUUUUCUUCAGUGUAACUGAUGAACCUCCUUUCUUGUUGUCUUAGCAAUGCAACUGACAGCAGCGAUGGAUGAUGGUAUAUGAGAGGCGGUGAAACGGAUAGCAACUGCUUUUUGACGUCUGACAGGCUGCUCUCCAAUCUCUGGCCCCCCAAAAUCCACACCCAUUUCCUUUUUACCAUUUGUCGUUUCUUACUGCCGCCCGCUCGAUGCGCUUUUGUUGCAAUUUUCGAGCGAAUAUUUGCAUAAUGCAGCUUGAUUGAUGUUUGCAUUGGGGCCAGGGGAGGGGGUCUGGUAUUGGUAAUGAAAAGCGGGCUGAGACUAAGACCCAGUGCUGGCCAAGAUUGGGAGGGCGAAGUGUGGUGCGACAGCCAGUUGAAGCCCGGCCAGAUGACGACAAUGACAACAAUUCACAAACUUGUAAACACAUCACCAGGCGCCUCCAUAUUUGCUCGGCUCGGUUCGGUGAGUAGUACUCCAGGAUUCCGGCGAGGAUGUCGGGCCAAAAACAUCGACAUCGACAUCGACAUCGCCAUCAAAUGGCAGCCGUAAGUAGCACAAGGCAACACCGCAGCAACAUUUGUUGCCGCUGUUGAGUGCAAAUAGUUUUGGGUUUUUGCUGCUGCUCCAGAUGCCUUCGUUUCGUCACUUCCUUGCAGUUCCUGGUCGGUCCUGUUCGGUCCUGGCUUACUGUGGAUUCCCACCCAACCAAACAAGCAGCUGGCAGCUAGCCAGAGCAGUCAGAAAAUCCAAAAGGACCGGCAUUAGGUGGUUGCAGCAGUUGGCAGUGGGCUCUGUCUUUCUUUACCAGCAUUCGCAAACACAAAACAGUUUUCUUUUGUAUUCCACUCGCACUUGCCGCACAAAGUAAACUGAACAGGAAUCCAAUAGAUUGCAUAACCAAUCGAAAGGGCAUAUAAAUUAUGGAGCACAGAGCAAAAGCCUUACAUAAGUUGGCAUAUUCAACUAGAGCAAACCAAUUUUCACCGCUUGCCUUAUUUAAAUAUCCAAUUAUUCAGCAAGUAUUCCAUAUCUUGAUUUAGUUACUUCACAAUGAUCGUCCAGGCUGUUCUUUUUUGUUUACUUUUGACAUUUAGGGGCUGCUUGUUACAGGAACGUCAAUACAAGCCUCUGCGUUGUGCGGAAACCAAUAUAAAUCAAACCCGAUCUUCACUUCUAGCCACUUGCCUAGAGGCCAAAGAAUGCUAUAUCAUAAGGCCUGUAGGAUACUGUGACGAUAAAAAAGUGUGUUGUGUGAAGAAAUACGAUUUUCAAAUUGAAGAAAAUGAAUUGAUUGAACCAAUAGAGUAGUUGAAAAUGACAAAUAAAAAUCCUUUAGUUUUAAA